AUGCCGCAGAAGAGGCAUCGCGUGCACUUUAAGAUCUACGAUAAGUGUUUCACAGCCUCGGAAGCUGUAGACUGGCUACAUGAGCUGCUCCAGUGCAACCAGAAUUUUGGACCAGAAGUGACUCGAGCUCAAACUAUCCAGCUCUUAAAGAAGUUCGCGAAGAACCAUGUUAUAGAGGAUGUGAAGGGUAGAUGGGGGAAAGAAGACUUUGAAGACAACAACAGCUUGUACAGGUUCCCACCAACUUCCCCACUUAAGCCAUACCCAAACAGACCCCCACAGAAAGUGGAGCCCCUUCCGUUCCCACGAUGGAGUGAUGAGGACGCUGUGACCUCCCAUAGUCAUAUUCCUGUGAAACCCCUUGUGAUGAACUCUGAGUUGUGGUAUAAACGUCAUAGUAUCGCAAUAGGAGAGGUACCUACAUGUCGACUGAUUUCUCGCAGAGAGUUAACAGCAGCCAACAUUGAAGAAAUAUGGAAAUCCAAGACACUAUCAUGUUUACAAAAGAUAAUGGGUCUUGAUUCCCUGAAUGAUGUGAUGGAUACAAAGCAGGCAAAGGGAAAGCACAUAAUGCACAAUGUAUACAAUGUCAACAAACAGGGGAUUGUGGUAAUGGAUGACCGAUCAAAAGAGCUUCCACACUGGCUGCUGUCUGCAAUGAAGUGUUUAGCAAAUUGGCCAAAUUGCUCAGAAAUGAAGCAACCAAUGUACACGGGGUUUGAACGAGAUGUAUUUAAGACUAUUGCAGAUUAUUACAGUUAUCUUCAGGAGCCACUACUGACUUUUCAGCUUUUUGAUGUGUUUGUGAACAUCUUGGGUCUUCAGCAGAAGGAGCUGAUUGCUAUUGAAGCUCUUCAACUUUGCUGUCUGCUUCUGCCACCGGAAAAUCGCAGGAAACUGCAGCUGCUAAUGAGGAUGAUGGCGAGGAUAAGCCUUAACAGGGAUAUGCCACCUCUGCAUGAUAGCACAGGGAACAGAGCACUGAUGGUUCAGACCUUUUCUCGCUGUAUCCUUCGUUCCAAAGAAGAGGUGGAUCUGGGUGAACUUCUGUCUACAAAGCUGGUGACUUUCAUGAUGGACAAUUGUCAAAAUAUACUGAAUGUUCCAGUAUCAUUGAAAAACUCUGUGGAGGAUUAUAUUGCACACCAGAGAAGAGUUCAGAUCAAGUAUCCAGGAGCAGAUAUGGACUCCACUCUACACCCUACCUUUGAAAAGCCCCAACCAGCAAAGCUUCAGUACGAAUAUGAGAAGUUGGGCAAGCCUCAAGAUCCAGCACGGGUCGUGUUGGAGGAUAUUAUUAAUAACAAGCAGAUGUCCACCAAGGAGAAGAAGAAGAAACUGAAACAGUUUCAAAGGUCUCACCCACAAGUUUACAAGGAACGGCUCCCCACACCAGAAAGCGAAGCAGCGAUAUUUCCUGAGCGACCUACCCUAAAGUCUCAGCUGUCUUUUUUGGCUCUUAAGAGACCAUUCCAGUCAUUUCAGAGGACCCGCAGCUUUCGUAUGUAG